AUGGCAGCCGGACUCAAAACUAUCAUCUCUCUUUCCUUCGUCCUAGCGAUAGGCUUCCUCCUCGUUAUCCUCUCUUGCGCCCUCUUCAAACAAUACCUACCACUUCUUGUAGUGGCAACCUACGUGCUUGCUCCAUUGCCAAACUGGAUAUGCGGAAGAUGCUCUAAUCCUGAUGACUUUGGGGAUAGUGGAAGUGGGAAUGCGAUCGUUGAUUUUGGGAAGUUCCUCACUGGGUUUUUGGUUGUUAUGGGAAUUGCGCUUCCAGCAGUACUUGCACACUCAGAAAUCAUCCGUGUCCCAGCUAUGUUGAUGUCAAUCAUCGGUGGUGUCCUUAUAUACGGAACAAUCAUCAGCUUUGGGAUGUUCUUCCAGGAGGAGCAAGAAUUUUGA